AUGUCAUACUGUAAGGUCUUUGGUAAGGAUAAGGUAAUAUUUGCCACCAAAGAGGAUCAUGCAGUCCCCAGCACCAUUGAGCUGCCGGCACCAGAGCCGCCACAGGGCCUAAUCACCAAGGAUGGCGACAUCAAUUGGGGUUGUCCCUGCUUGGGUGGCAUGGCAACGGGACCGUGUGGCGUUGAUUUUCGUGAAGCGUUCUCCUGUUUCCAUUACAGCGAGGCGGAGCCGAAGGGCUCCGAUUGCUAUGAGGCAUUCCGCAAGAUGCAGGAUUGCUUCCAGCAAUAUCCAACUGUCUACAACAAGUCAAGCGGCGGCGAUGAUGACGAUGAUGCCCUUGGCGAUGUGAUGAACCCGGAGAACGGUUCCAGUGUCUCGGAUGUUGAUGAAUUAUCGAGCGGUGCUGGGGCUGCUGCUGCAACAACUACAAAUGCAACUACAACUACAGCUGAUACACAAAUAGCCACCCAAACAAUGUCGAGAGUUGAAUAAAAUUAAUCAACACCAAAACAUUUAUCAAUAAUUCUAACGUUGAUUGUAUAGAAAUAAAAUCAGAUAUCGAAGCCAUUUAACAUUUA